UCCAGGACAACCAAACCCAACUCAUAAAAAUGUCACCAAAGAGCUUGUCACUCAAGAGUUGCCCAACUCAUCAUCUUCAACUUCAUCUCAGCACCUUCUCCUCCUUCUCCUCAAUUCAACAAUGGCCAUGGCAAUCCAUCACCUGAUCUUCCUCUCCCUCCUCCUGGCCUCCUGUCCUGAACUCGCCUCCUCCGCUCACUGCACCACCGCAACGCUGGCCAAGUCGUUUCAGAAAUGCACCUCCCUCCCCACCCAGCAAGCCUCCCUGGCUUGGACCUUCCACGCCCGCAACGCCACGCUUGACCUCGCCUUCUUCGGCACCUUCAUUUCCCCAUCCGGUUGGGUCGGGUGGGGGAUCAAUCCCACCUCUGCCGAGAUGACCGGCACUCGCGCGCUCAUUGCCUUCCCAGACCCAAACUCGGGCCAGAUUGUGCUCCUCCCGUUCAUCCUGGACCCAACGGUUAAGCUCCAAAAGGCGCCGCUUCUUUCUCGCCCGCUCGACGAUGUCCACCUCUUGUCGUCUUCUGCCACGCUCUACGGCGGGAAACUGGCCACGGUCCACAAUGGAGCUCAAAUUCAAAUUUACGUCACACUAAAGCUUACUCCGAACAAGACCAGAAUCCAUUUCGUUUGGAACCGGGGACUAUACGUUCAAGGCUAUUCACCAACCAUUCAUCCGACCACCGAGAACGACCUCUCAUCCAUCGCCACCAUCGAUGUCCUGUCGGGAUCGGCCGCUUCUCAGCGCAGCAACAUCGGAACUCUAAAGACGGUUCACGGGAUCAUAAACGCCAUCACCUGGGGAAUCCUUCUCCCUGCCGGAGCGGUGAUCGCCCGGUACCUGAGGCACGUGCAGGCGCUAGGACCCACGUGGUUCUAUGCUCAUGCCGGCAUACAACUGUCCGCCUUCUUCCUUGGAACCGUCGGGUUCGGCAUCGGGAUUAGGCUCGGGGAACUGUCCCCGGGAGUGGUUUACGGGCUCCACCGGAAGCUCGGGUUCGCGGCAUUUUGCCUCGGCGCACUCCAGACGCUGGCGCUUCUUUUCAGGCCCCGGGCCACGAACCAGUUCAGGAAGUACUGGAAAUCAUACCACCACUUGGUCGGGUAUGCUUGUGUGGUGGUAGGAGUGGUGAAUGUCUUCCAAGGAUUUGAAGCGAUGGGCUUAGGCAGGUCCUACGAGAAGCUGAGCUACUGUCUGUGCCUGUCCACUCUGAUCGGUGCCUGCAUAGCGUUAGAGGUCAAUAGCUGGGUGAUCUUCUGCAGGAAGUCCAAGGAAGAGAAGAUGAGGAGAGAGGGACUGAUUGGCAGUUCUGAGAAAGAGAGUGGAACCUACAGAUUGAAUUAACUCGCAGAAAAAGUUUGACAGCAACCCGGACUGUAAUUUGGAACUUUCUUCUUUCAUCUUUCCUAAAUCUGUUGAUUGCAUUUGGAGA